GGGUCCCUUUAAAUCGUGCGUGGAGUGGAGCAGGAGGGUGUUCCCCUGCUGGACCUGAGCGCAGUCACUCUCUACAGAUAUCUGCGGCUCGUUCUCGUCGCUUUAGUGAAAUGCUGCAGCUGAAUGACAGCGUAGACCCGGAGAGCCCGGACUGUGAUGAUGGGCUGGAUUUGGCCCGAUCUGGAGCCUCGGUGGCCUGCUGCACCCCGCUACAGACCCUCACGCCUUUUAAAGUCCACAACCCAACCAUGCGAGCCAAAGUCAAGGAUUAUUUCGUCUUUAGGCCAGGAACGAUAGAGCAGGCGGUCAAUGAUAUCCGCACGGUUGCCUUGCCUUCAGAAGACGGAGAGGUUCUGAGCGUGUGGCUCCUAACAGAAAUUGAUCACUGGAACAAUGAAAAAGAGAGACUGGUUCUCAUAACUGAGAGGUCUCUGCUGGUGUGCAAAUAUGACUUCAUAAACCUCCAGUGUCAGCAGGUCGUCAGAGUUUCCCUGAACGCUGUGGACACCAUCUCAAUCGGCGAGUUCGAGUUCCCCCCGAAGUCCCUCAACAAGAGAGAGGGAACCGGUAUCCGUGUCCAGUGGGAUAAGAGACCAAGACCUUCGUUCGUGAAUCGCUGGAACCCGUGGUCCACUGACGUACCCUACGCCACCUUCACGGGACACCCCAUGGCACACGCGGAUGAGAAGGUGGCCUCGCUCUGUCAGCUUGAGAAUUUCAAGACGCAGCUCGUCCAGGCUGUGAAAAAAGCCCAUAAAGACUUCCCCAUCCCAGGACGAGCCAAUGGUGUGCUGAUACUGGAGCGGCCGCUCCUGAUCGAGACUUACCUGGGCAUCAUGUCCUUCAUCAACAAUGAAGCCAAAAUGGGCUACGCCAUGACAAGAGGAAAAAUCGGCUUUUAACUUCUGAAUUCUCCCUCCAUCUCUCUCAUCCUCCAGUCAAGUGCUGUUUCUGAGUGAUAUGUUUUUGAUUGAGUAUGUGUGUCCAGUACAUACUACGUGUUUUGUUGUGUGGAUAGUGUGUGAAAUGGGCCAGUGGUCACUGCAACAGGAUGUGCCUGAAUGAAGCCAAACCUCUUCCUCCAUUCACAUGUAGUAAAACAAGAAGCUUUUCUAAUGUGUUUGAAUGGUUUGAAGAAUUAAGUUUGUUUGUGUUACUGGCAUGCUUUAUUGACCAUUGAAUAUUUUUAACAAAUAUUGUGGCAGUCCGCUAGUUUGUAGGUUGACUGAAUGACUUAAGGAAGCCCUUUUCAGAUGGUUUAGGGUUAAGUGCAGUGCUAAAUUCCUCCUUCCCUGUGUUGCUGUCAACAUAACAUAACAUGCCAACUUUCUACUGUUAACAAAAACUUGCAAUGCUUGCUCCGCCUCCAGUUUCUUCUGAUUGGUCCACUGAUCGGAGCCUUCACUGAUGAGUGGUGCAGCGUGUUAAAGAUUAAAUACUUUUAGCUUGACACAGCAUCUUAAAAUGCGUGAAGCUCAUGUGCGAGACAUUGCAAAAGAUGUGAUUCGCGAGGGCAACAGUCCUACAGGUCCAUCUACAGCGUUUACGUGGAGAAAAAAACAAUAAAAAAAAAGUGCACUGGAAUGGAAAAAGUGCAUAAUGUCUGAACGGCCUCUAGUGGAAUAAAAAAAACCUUUUUUUUUUUUUUUAAAUUUAACUGUUUUGUAACCUUAAUGCAAAAACUUAACUCAAUACUCAUGGCAGGAUGCUCAAACAAACAAAUAAAUAAAUGCACAAGAAGCAUCGCAAUGGCCGUAAACAUCCGUUUGUGUUUGGCUGUAGCAACAGAGCUUUAAUGGGGUUUAAUUAUUAUUUUUUUAAGCUUCCAUUUAACCACAUCAGCACCAAACAGAUGAAUAAUAGGCCAAACAGUCCUGAAACAGGGAGUUUUGUCUGCUAGGGUGGUGUUGGCGCAGAUGAUGAGAUACCUGGGUUCAAAUCCACUGUGAGACACCAAUGUGUCCCUGAGCAAGACACUUAACCCCUAGCUGCUCCAGAGGCAUGUGACCUCUGACAUACAUAGCAAUUGUAAGUUGCUUUGGAUAAAAGCAUCAGCUAAAUGAUUAAAUGUAAAUGUAGAUCCAACGAAAAUACAUGUGGUGAAAUCCAUUUAAUACUUGUAUAGUUAAAGAAACAUAACAUAGUUGCUACUUACGGAUAUAAUUUUAUUAUAAAAAUGUGAUGUUAAUCAAUCUGGUUGCAUUCAAGAUGUUGCAUUCUCAACAUUUAGAAUUUCUGGUAAAGUUGCGACCUGAAUCAUAUAUUUGUUUUUUUUGUUAAUGUUAAUCUGAUUGUGAUGAAUUAAUGGGAGAAAAAAAAUUCUAGGGUUUCAAUUUGGUUCUAUGCAUGGCUUGUUGAUUGCAUUUGAAAGGUAAAAAUAAAUAAUUAUGCACAGACGAAUCAUUCACAAUACAAUCUAUAACAUGCAUUUGAAAAAUAGAUUUCCAUUUCAUACCGACUUUAAAUACGAGUGGAGUUUAGAGAUUCAACUGCAAACAAAUGAGUUCACAAUUGAUCACAAAACCAAAAUUAUAUAUAUAUAUGUAUGUAUAUAUAUAUUUUACAAAUGAUUUGCAUGAAAAUGUGUUUGGUUUGUUUUAUGAAUAGGGUUUUAUGUGGCUAAAAAGAUUUCAAAACUUAAACAGAACUACUAUCAAAACACAACUAAGGCUUAUAUUAUAUCAGAUGUAUUUAUUUUACUCGUAACUGCAGUGCUUUUACAGAGAGGUUGAAACUCUCUGAAUAAAGAUAAUUUGGACUGUUAAUGAAGAUACUAAUUAAGAUUUUGCUUUAGUACUUUGGUAUUGCUGAAAUGAGAUCUCUAAUAAUCUCUCUUUUGAUUUCUUCAGAUCUAGACCCAUGAGUCCUUUAAAUUUAUAUUCAAUACCAUCUGUCCUCUUUGCAAAAUGUAACACUUUUGCAUAAAGUAAAUAAAGCUUAAUUCAAAAUGUAUAUGGUCACAUUGCAAUUAUCAAUGUGUGAAAUAACUGUUGUAACGAACAAACAGUACUGAUAGCGUUAUUUUUAGAUAUAACACCGGCUUGGAUAAAAAAAAUUAAUCACAGCAUGAAAGACAGAGGACAUGCAUCCUCAAGUGUGUCCACAGGAAGCAAGAGUCAUAUCUCAAAAUGAAUUUCAGGUCUUCUUGUGGCUGCUGUAGCGUAAUUCUGUUACACGUGAUUUAUGUUUGUGUGCUUAUCAUGAGUUAUGCCUUAUUUCUUUAACCUAAAAGACAAUGUUAUUUCCUGCCUAAGUUACAGAAAGUUCAGAUGAAGUUAAGCUUUUCUUUUUAACCAAGGUAAAUAGAUGGGUGUUUGAUGCUGUUAAUUUCUCAGGGGUCGACAGAUUGGCUUUAAUUGAACUGUUUGUUAAAGGAUGCAUGACAUGUCAAGGCUGCUGCUGUUGAGAGAUUACGGGUUCUGAUCAUUUUUAUUUUUUUAUACAUACGCACUUUUGUUGGUCAGUGUCUGGAUUUUUCUUUUUUUUUUUUGCUAUGCUUCCAGAAACAGUUGUAACCUUGUUGAAAUUAUGUCUUGGAUGUUUCGAUUUUUAAACAGGCAUCAGUUGUUGUUGUUGUUGUUUUUUGGUUUUAAAAUGUAAUGUAAAGUUGUGCAUGAUUAUGCCUGCAAUUUGUGUGUAUAAUUUGUAAAUCAUAGCCUCACCCAGUGUAAGCACUUUUUCCUCUGCUCAAAAAUACAUGUAAUUUUUCAACUGAAAAUUAUUUGCAUUACCUAUUCAUUCAUGUUAUUAUAGUAAAAUACGGUUUCUAUAUCACCCAAAUCUGAACUCUUCCAGGUUUCUUUUAAAGAUUAUUCCUAAAAUGUAAUUAAAAAAAAUAUUGUCUUGAAUGCCAUCAGACUGAUUUCUGUAAUAUAACCAUCAUGCUUCAAGUAAAAUUAUGGUUAUUUUAACACUU